GGGAAAGGGAAUUCUAAAUUUCACCGAACAUAGCUAAAACGGCCCCAAAUGCGCUCUAAAUCUCUUAAACGUGUAAAUAAAGACAACUACAAGUACUACAUCACGUUGGAUUGAAUUAUUACAUUUUUGGAAGAAUACUCUGUCGGAUCAAAUUACUCAUUGACAGUGCCUGGGCUACCUGUGGUAAAUUCUCAGCCUAAAUUAUCCUAUAUUUGUUUAGAAAGGGCAAGCGAUUUUGAAUUGAGCUUUUUUGUUGGAAUUGAAUGCUUUUCCUUGUUUGUUUACACUAUAAAAUCGAUAAUUUUGUUGAAAUUUGAACUUUAUCUGCUACAAUAACAAAGUCAGGAAAGGUGUUUAUUUUGGCUCGAGGAAAGGAAAGGAAACAGAAAGGAAAGGAAACAGAAAGGAAAGGAAACAGAAAGGAAAGGAAACAGAAAGGAAACAGGAAGGGAAGCUGGUCCGACUUUAUCCAGAAUUGCAGCCAUAGGCUGAAUUACUCUGGAUUUACAUUACACAUACUGGGUUAUUUGAAUAAAUUGAAAGCUGUCGGGCAUUUAGUCUAUUGAGGACGUUUCCCGAUUGUAGGGCAUAUAGCCGCUGCGUUCUUAGGAUGGCCAUCGGUUCCUUGUAUUCAGGACUGAUUUUCAAAGCACAUAUAACGUGAGACCGAAAUGCACAUACCGAGAUUUUGGCUUUUUAGAUAUUUUUCCCUUGAUCAUCCUUGCGCUAUGUAUGAGCUCAGGGACGAAAAACUCAAAUUUCAAUGACACUACAAAAAAUCGCAUCAAUUUAAGAAAAGUCGCAUUUGAUAUUUUGUUUGCUAUUACACGCUAAGUAGUUAGAGAAAUGUUCAGUCUUUAGAUGAGAAAUGGGCUUAUUUGAAGCGCCAUGUUUUCCUUCAUGUCGGUCAGCCAAACAUUCUAUUCCGUACCUCUAUAAAGCCGACCAUAUGCAACAUCAAUUAGCGGCCACGGUCACCAUUUUCCACUCUCCGGCAAAAUCACAGUCACUAUUAAGCUACCAGAAGAUGCCAUUCCUUAUGUAUCCUAAUCCUAUGACGAUAUAUAUAAUAAUGAAGCAGAAAAGGCUAAUAGAGGGAGAAAUUUGACUUCAGGAUUUACGAUACCCCGAUGGGAGAUAUGACAAGCUAACGUCACUGGUAGAUAAAGCGCAAGACCAUUGCUGGCGGAUUCAGAUGAUACCAGACAAGCGAGGGCCGUCUAAGACCAGAGUGUCUCAAGACUAAAAGACUAAACAUCAUAAGACUAAACAAUACGAAGGAAAAUCAUAACAACAAGCUAAAAGGGCUUAAUUAAAGAAGUAAUUAAGCAAGUCAUAAGAAAAAUCAAACAAAGUAGAUAGUUACGCACGAUGAGAUGUUUAGCAGCUCUAGGGUUCGUAGUGUGGACUCUGAUCGCAGGCGAGAUGAUAAGUACCGAGGCGUUAUCAAAGAGCGUACCGCUAACAGGUGAGUACCCUGACUUGGAAGGGAUCAUGUAUAGAGACACAGAGACUGGUUACCGUCGUGUAUCAGAGCCAAUACGGACAAGAUUUGACAAGAAAAAGAUAGUUCUAAUUUAUACACAAGGGGGUAAUAGCGACCACGCGCCCUGUGUGUUCCCCUUCCAAUACAAGGGGAAAACCUACACAAAGUGUACAACUGUUGAUGCGAGCUCCGGCAACCCGUGGUGCUCCACCACAAAUAACUACGACAUCGAUGAGCUGUGGGGUUACUGUGUAUUCGACAGACCAGAAGAUAAAUGCAAGGACAAGCGAAAAGAUUGUGGAAAGUGGGCAAGGCAGGCGUUAUGUCAGAUCAGCCCUGUAUUCAUGAACAAGGUGUGUCCGCGUAGCUGUGGCCAGUGCACAUGGGGAGGGACUGGGAAAAACAAGCCCUGUGUUUUCCCCUUCAUCUACCAGAACAAUGUGUUCUUCAAAUGCCCCGUAGCUAAACUGGAACAGUACAAAGGUCAAAUAUGGUGCGGCACCACCGAUAACGUUGACAAAGAUGACAAAUGGGGAUUUUGCUACCCACAACUAUUUGAGAGUAUUCUUGAGGCAAACAGGCCGUUCCUGCGUUAUGGCGAAUGCGAUGACAAGUCUGACAACUGUCGCGAAUGGGUGGAGCAGGGCCUUUGCGAGUCGCACCACACCUACAUGGACAAGAUGUGCCCCUGGGGUUGCAAGAGAUGCGCGCCUAGGAUGCUUUUAAGAAGCACUAAAUGCAAAGAUCACCACGACAAAUGCGCUUACUGGGCUUCUCGUAACGAGUGUAUCGAUAAUCCACUGUUCAUGUACGGGAUGUGCAGAUUCAGCUGCCAUUUGUGCGCCAAAGACACUGAAGGUGAAGCCAUAAAGGAUGCGUACCACGAUUGCUCUAAAUGGGCGGCUGACGGUCAGUGCAAGACCAACGGCGUCUUUAUGGUGCAGAACUGUCGGACUUCAUGCAAAGCGGGAGAGUAUAUUAACGGCGUGAAAUGCUUUGACCAGAUGACGUUCUGCAAAAAGUGGGCACGCAAAGGCUACUGUCAAAAGAACCCCACCCUGAUGCAGAAACAAUGCACCUACAGCUGUGGGCUAUGCAGUGGGCAAGGCACGAUCAGGACACGUGAUAAAGUCUUGCCAUCAAAACAACCCCGCUCUCACAAUCAGUACGAGGCUAAACAAGCCUCGAAGAAGCACCGACACUGAGCCAUUUCCCAAACCACAUGAAAAUGUAAAAUAAAUAUUGUAUUGUA